AUGGCCGCCUCAAGCGCCUACACCAACCCGCUGAAGAAGUUCAAACUCGUCUUCCUCGGCGAGCAAUCCGUCGGCAAAACCUCCCUCAUCACCCGCUUCAUGUACGACUCCUUCGACUCCACCUACCAGGCCACCAUCGGCAUCGACUUCCUCAGCAAAACCAUGUACCUCGACGACCGCACCGUGCGGCUGCAACUCUGGGAUACCGCGGGCCAAGAACGCUUUCGCUCCUUGAUCCCCUCCUACAUCCGCGACUCGAGUGUGGCGGUGGUGGUCUACGAUAUCACGUCCCUGAAAUCCUUCCAGCAGUGUCGAAAAUGGGUGGACGAUGUGAGGGGGGAGCGGGGCCAGGAUGUGAUCAUCGUUCUGGUGGGGAAUAAGACGGAUCUGGGGGAGAAGCGGGAGGUGAGUGUGCAGAUGGGGGAGGAGGAGAGCAAGAAGUUGGGGUGUCUGUUCGUCGAGACGAGCGCGAAGGUGGGGCAUAAUGUCAAGGGGUUGUUUAAGAAGAUUGCGCAGGCGUUGCCGGGGAUGGAGGGGGAGGGGGUGCAGGGGGCGGCGAAUACGAUCGAUGUCAACGUGAACCCGCAGAAGCCGGAAAGUGAGGGCGGGUGCAAUUGCUGA